AUAUGGAGGAAAUUCAAUGACUUUUAGAAAACAAAAUCACUUGUAAUGUAUUUUAAACAUUGAAUAAACCAUUAAAACCAUGAAGAGAGUUUAUUUUCUAAAAAUCCACAUAGAUAAUAUAAAUUAUGUUUAGAAAUGACAGUUAAGAAAUUACCAAAAAAAAAAAAAAAAAAAAAAAAACGAUGCUUAAGUGCAAUGAACAGAGAGAGAGAGAGGGUAUGAAUUAAAUUCAAUUUGUUUGUCUCAUAAAUUCAAAACCUUUAUUCUAAAUCCAUGGCCUCUUCCGGAUUGGCCUAGAAAACGUCACGGCCGAACAGCGUUUUCCCGCUUCUGCCCAUCCUAGCGUUAUAUAAAUCAGCAGCAGCGAGAGGAAAACAGGAAUAGCGGAAGAGAGGAAGUGAAAGAGGAGUACUGGAGGAGAGGAAUAGCGCAGUUCUGUUGUCUUUCGAGUGUGACCGGUGUCCAUAGAUCAGUACAAUCACACAAGCUAAAUAUGCCGUUUAUUUAAAACAUUGAUUAUUUCCAAUAUAUAAACAGAUCCAGAUAUCAAAUAACACAUUUGAUCCCUUUACCCAAUUAAACUAGUACAUUAUCUGAGAUUAUUAGUUCGCUAUAGAGUUUGUAUCAGCUAACACCUUAGAUUUAGUAAAUAAACAACACAAUUUACGUAAGUUAAUUAACAUGUUUGAUAUUGGUGUGAUCUGAUCAAAUGGUUCUUCUGUGGAGUGAAAGAACAGAUGUAUUCCGAUUCAAAGUCGUGCCAACCGAAGAUUAAACUGAGUUUCAGCACCAGGAGGAGUUCAGAGAGAUGGAUGAGGUAUUGGAGAAGUUUCUGGAAGAUCAGAAGAUGAAGAUAGCAGAAGAGAAGGCCUGUCUGGAACAGGAGCCCCCUUACAUGGAGAUGAGGAGGCGGACAGGCCACGUUCUCCAGAAAGAGAACAUCCCUCCACGUACAAGUCAGCAAGGUACAGCUGUUCUGCCGCUCGGAGAGGAAUAUGAGAGAAAGAAACACAAACUGCAAGAAGAGCUCAGGAAAGAUUACAGGAAAUACAUGGCAGAGAAAGAUCACUGGGAUGCUGGUGAUGUUCACACAGUUCCAGAGAGAAGAAGAAUACCCAGGACGGUCCGUGUGAGGCAUGUGGCCACCCUUACAGAUGUGUGUGGUCUGGGAUGGGGUGUGUGUAGCUCUGAGGAAGACUGCAGUGAUGAAGAACUCAUGCUUUUACAAGGGAGGCGGCAUCAGAAAGAGAGAGACACCAGGACAGCAAACAGAAGAGAAGAAUUGUACACAGAGACAGGGCAUCACACAAGCAAACUACAGCACAGAAACAGAAUGUCGGCAUCCGUUGCCACCCAAGCCAAUGAAAGAUCUGUAUCUGCGGCCAGUCAGGACACAGUUUGCACCACUGGACUCUUAAUAGGUGCAACAGAUCUGGAGGCGACGCAGAAGAUGAGAAAGGAGCGUUACAGAUAUCCCUGUAAUUCAACUGUCUUUAGGGAUAAGGAACUGGAGCUGAGAGUUCCGAGAGUAACGGAUGCUGAGAAAAAGCAGCUCUUUGUGAGUGAGGCGUCUGCAUACAGAAAGCAACCUAGGGAUGACAUCAUCCGCCUGGACACUGCAGAGCCUCCUGAGGGUCUUCUGCAAUACAGGACAGACCCUCUGUCUCCACGCAGGAUGCCUUUUGUCCCUACUCACCUUCCAUUCCUUACAGAUGCCUAUAAGACUUCAAAUAAUGAUUCUGAGAGUUUGCUGAGCCCCAGCAGAGCCUAUGGCCCAAUUGCGGGAGUUUCUUUUCCAACAUCAUCAGCAGAGCCACACCCACUCAGUCCUCACGAGCACAGAAGCACUCACAGACAGAGAUUUCUGGGUGAGAAUGAAGGUGUGGGUUCAGGUCUUUCAAUGUUUCCUGCACAUCAUGCACAGAAGAACAGACUCAGCUAUAAAGAGGAGCUCAGAAAGCAGAUAGAGGAGCGGGCCGCACAGAGGAGGGUGGACAUAGAGGAGAAGAGAAGACUGGAUGCGGAACUUGAAGCCAAUAUGAGAGCAUAUGAACCCUGGGGAAGGGGCGGAGCUGGUGCACCACUCAGAGACAGCACUGGAAAUCUAAUCACUGAUCUGAAGCAGAUGCACCUUUUGAAUGCAGCAGCAGGAGCACAAAGAACGGAGAGGCCAGGUUUUGUUGAGACACACACUCCACAGUUUGCAAGUGGAAAUGUGUUCAAUCAGAUGCUGUCACCCCAGCAAUUACUGGAGAAGGACCAAUACAUAGCUUGCCUGAGACACCAGAUGGAAGAGAAGCGAAGGAAGCAAGCGGAGGAGAGAGAACGGAUGAAGGCAGAGGAGGAGAGGGAGGACAGACGACUGGCAGAACAGAGAGAGAAAAUCAGGAGGGAGUAUGAAGAAGAGCAGGAGAGCAGGAAACGCAGAGAGAUGGAGCAAAAACUGAAGAAUGAAGAACUUGCUCGUCUGGCGGAGGAGAGACGGAGGAAUGCAGAGAAAAAGAAAAAAGAAGAAGAAGAAGAAAAAGAGAGAGCAGCUCUCCGAAAACAGGAAGAGCAAGAGAGACAAAUACGGCUGCAACAGGUUCAACGUGCGCCAUCCCCUCCCAUCCCUACCUUACAGAAUAAACACCGCAACCCUUCAAACGCUAUAGAUUUCUCUCCAUUUCGGGCACCUCCAUCUCCAGAACACAGAAACCAUCAGAGAACAGAGAAAGACAGAAGUGAGGUUUUUAAUGAGCUGAGUGUGUUAAGAAGACGUCUACGCAGUGAACAACGGCGUCUGGAGGAGCAGCUCUUGCACACAGAAUGGGAGCCUCUCUCCUCCCCCUUCACUGACAGGCCCAGGGCAGACGUGUUUGACAUGGCUCGUUUGCGUAUGCCUGUUCGAGGCCCCUCCUCCCGUGGCACUGAGCCAAUCAGCUCAAAGAAAACUGAUGACAUCAUGUACAGGGAUGCCUUUAUGCCUCUUCCUAGAACACGGCAGUCUAGGAACAGAGAUGUUGAGGGGGGACGAGGAUCUGUGCUUCUGUCAGAGAGUGAAUUUAUCGAUCAGAAUGGGGUUGCGUUCCCACUUCCUCCAGAUGUUGAGAGGAAAGCAGCUAAGCCAUCUGCACGAGAGCGACGCAGACUAGCAAACCUUCAGGCUGCAGAAAAGCAGCCGGUGCACCAGCAGUCCUUCAGCAUGAGGAAACUCAGAGACACAAACACUCUCAGGAUGAAGAGACCACAAGCCUUCGGUCAUCACAACACCACAGCAGGAGGCUGCUCUGAUGAUGAAGAUGAAGAUGGUCGUCGUGAUGAGCGUUUUACCCUGCCGUCUCCUGGCAGGCCCAGUUCCAUUGACACAGCAGCUACAGAGCCCUGGAUUCGAGCGGAGUCGUCAGACACGCUCAUGAGGCUGAUGUCUGGCUCUGAACACUAAGAUGGAUGUAGGAAGGGCUAUAACAUACACGACUGCUUUACAAUAACACACACUCUGAGCGUGUGCAUGUUAUUGUAAAGCAGUAUAUAUUUUAUGUAAUGUUCAGAUCUCUUGAGCAAAUAAAGACUGAUCAGCAGAAUCUCUAUGAGAUCAACUGCUUGACUGAAUUACAGAA